AUGGAUGAGAGCUACAUGUCUGAAGUCAAUGCAGAGUCUCUUCUGGUUCAUUCCAGGCUGGACAGCUAUUCCUGCCCUUUGGGACAGUUCCCCUGUGGCAACCUGUCUGUCUGUUUACCCCAGCUCCUGCACUGCAAUGGAGAGAAGGACUGCGACAACGGAGCCGACGAAGAGAACUGCGUGGAUAAUAGCGGGUGGCUGCAGAUCUUGGAUGACAUGCAGCAGACCAAGGGCAGCAGAGCCACUGAGGAAGAGGAGACCCCAGUCUGUGUGCUCGACCAGUUCCCAAAGGAAUGCCAGUGCUCGGGAAGGACAAUAGACUGCACCAGCCAGAACUUGCACAGCGUCCCCUGGGUCUCCUCCAACGUGACGAAGCUGGAUCUGAAGACUAAUAAAAUCCACUCACUGUGGGACAACCAGUUUAUCAUGUACAGAAGUCUGGAGAAGCUCCUCUUACAGUACAACGAAAUCCAGUCAAUAAUGCCCCAGGCUUUUGCUGGACUUUUCAAGCUUAAAAUGCUGUUCCUGAGUCACAAUAACAUCACUGAGCUGAAGCCAAGAGUGUUCCAGGAUCUGCAUAAUCUUGAAUGGCUAAUGCUGGAUAACAACAGAAUUGCCAAGAUCCUCCCAGCGACUUUUGUGGGGUUGAAAUCUCUGUACUUUCUGUACAUGCUGAACAACUCCCUGAGUAGCAUGCCCAACACUUCCGUAUGUGCAGAGAUGCCGAAGCUCAGCUGGCUGGAGCUGGAAGGAAACCAGAUCCAUGCUCUGAGGAGCUCAGUGUUCCAGGAAUGCAGCACCUUCACUGUGCUGAUUCUGCGCAGAAACAAGAUCAAAUGGAUCCAGGAAGGGGCGUUUUCCAAACUGAACAGAUUGGUGGAGCUUGACCUGUCGAACAAUAGACUGGAGGAACUUCCACCAUCUUUAUUCAGUAACCUGCAUGACCUCCAGCAGUUGAAUAUUUCCUACAACCCCCUGAAGCAGAUCUUUGCCGACCAAUUUGACAGCCUGCCCCACGUGCGCUCUCUGAGUAUUGAAGGUCUGGAGAUCCCCAACAUCCAGACUCGCAUGUUCCAGAAACUCACCAAACUGUCUCACAUCUACUUUAAGAAGUUCCAGUAUUGCAGCUACUCUCCGCACGUGCGCAGCUGCAAGCCCAACACCGACGGCAUCUCCUCCUUCGAGAACCUCCUGGCCAACAUCAUCCUCAGGGUCUUUGUCUGGGUCAUCGCGUGCGUCACCUGCUUUGGGAACCUCUUUGUCAUCUGCAUGAGGUCCUUCAUCAUCACAGAGAACAGCCAGCACACCAUGGCCAUCAAAUCGCUCUGCUGUGCAGACGGUCUGAUGGGAAUCUAUCUCUUCUUCAUUGGAGCCUUUGAUCUCAAGUUCUCCGGCGAGUACAACAAGCACGCCCAGGUGUGGAUGGCGAGCAUCCAGUGCCAGCUGGUGGGCAGCCUGGCCAUGCUGUCCUCGGAGGUGUCCGUCUUGCUGCUGACGUACAUGACCCUGGAGAAGUACCUCUGCAUCGUCUUCCCAUUCAGCCAUUAUGGGGCGGGCAAGAAGCGGACCCUCUCCAUGCUGGUCGUCAUCUGGCUGUUGGGCUUUUCUCUCACCCUCGUCCCCUUCUGGUGCAAGGAGUCCUUUGGGGACUACUAUGGGAGGAACGGGGUGUGUUUCCCACUCCAGUCCGACGAGACCGAGCGACCAGGAGCCAGGGGCUACUCCACCGGGAUAUUUCUGGGUCUGAACCUCAUUGCCUUCGUCACCAUCGUGUUCGCCUACACCAGCAUGUUCUACUCCAUCCACAUCACGGCCACCAAGACGGCCGACCGCAGCGUCUUCUCCAGGGAAGUGGCCAUCGCCAAGCGAUUCUUCUUCAUCGUCUUCACUGAUGCCCUCUGCUGGAUCCCCAUCUUCCUCCUGAAGCUUCUCUCCUUGCUGCAGGUGGAAAUACCAGGCACUGUGACAUCAUGGGUGGUCAUUUUCAUCCUGCCCAUCAAUAGUGCCUUGAACCCCAUCCUGUACACCAUCACCACCACCCCCUUCCAGGAGAAGCUGUGCUUGCAGAAGAAGCAGCUGCAGCAGUCAUCACUUCAGGACCCAGAAGAGUCCAGAAAGAGCUUUUGCCUGCUAUCCACACACACCAGCAGCACCUGACAGUCCCCAGCAGUUUAGCCUGGGGAGCGGUGAAAGGCCUCACUGCUUCUUGCAUGCAGCUAUGAAGGACCAUGUCUCUGUCCUCCC